AUUACUUCCCAGCCACAAGACCGCUACUCCUUAUUUGUGUAUUACCAAUCGCGAAUACCUUUCCGGGAUAAAGUUGCGAAAGUCCUCGUUGAUUCAACUCGGAGAUUGAAAUUACCUGAAGAAAUUCUUUUCUGUUUCCUAGUGGUUUUAUCUUUAAUUUUCUCAUAUUAUCAACAUCACAUGCCUUACAAUACGCGUAAGUGGCCAUCGAAAAGCUCGGUAAACAAUGGGCACCAGAAAACGUCUUCAAAGAUUGGGAUACAACAGAGAAAGAUGGAUCGCCGCGAACAGAACCGUAAAGCGCAACAAAGAUUCCGUCAACGGCGAAAAGUGGUAGAUGUUCAACAAGAAAAGCGGAUAGAAAUACUUGAAGAUGCACUUGAUGAAACCUUGUCCCUAUACAUUAGCUUGUCUGAUGUAAUAGUUGGCCUCGAUGUCUUCUCCACACAGCAUCCGCAAGUAUUGAGAGACCUUCAGCGUUCCACGACACGAAUCCUGGAGAUAGCGAAGAGAGUGGACGGUUUCCAACAAGUAUCCAUGAACUAUUCUGCUAAGCCACCUAAUGAAGCAGAAGAAACAGAGCUGCGCACUCCAACCUCUGAAAUUGCCUCAAGAGAGCUACUAUCGUCGCUUUCGAGCAACGGGCAAUCAGAUCCAGAAAGUUUCACUAAGAUCAAGGUCGAUCCACUGCCCAAUGCAUCCAUACUGCAAACGGUUGGUCUUGUUGAGACUGGUGGCAUUAGGCACUGGAGCAUGAGCGAUUGGUGGUUGCCAACUCCGACCAGAGGAAUUUUGGAGUUACAAUCCCAGCCCCAGUAUCAACCGCCAUCGCUACAGUGUGAGCAGCUCAUGCGAAAGUUGAACUGCUUUGCGUCCAAGGUAGUUCAGGCCACUUUAUCUCAAGCGUACUCUGUUCUCUUUGCCUCGGAGUGGGUACUUUCUGAAGAUGUGUAUCGUAUUUUUGGAUCAACGCUCCGUAUACGAUCUCGCGAAAAGAUUUUGUGUGAUUUAGGAUGGCUCUUGGGCCCUGGAAAAACAUCCCUGCCACACGCAUCAGGCUUCCUCUGGAAACAUGCAGGCAAAAAUGACAUGCCUCGGCCAUGGGCAGGCUCCUCGCUACUUGAUGAAAUUUGCCUCGAAGUCGAAUCUGAUGCCGAACUCACUCAUCAGCCCUCUGUCUAUCAGCCUCGACUCCUGACUGUUUUGGGUGUUGUGCAAGAACUUGCCAGGCUAGAAGCGAGAAUCGUGGAUAACGACACGAUGGAGAUUACCUUGAGCGAACAGCGUCCUUUACAAUCUGUGCAAUCAAGUAUCCCACUUGACGGCGCAGUAGACGAUCCGUAUAUGCCAAUUUCAGAUAGCGACCAUUCCACGGAUGUCUCAAAAGAGGUUCUGAAGCUGAGACUCAGUAUACCACGCUUGACUAGAAAUUUGGCGCUCGCUGGAACAUGCGCCAAGACUGGGCCUGUUUAUGCUAGAAACGAUAUAGCUAAGGCCGUAGAGGCAGCAAUAAUUAUAGUAGGCAGUGAUUUAUAA